AUGUUUCACACUGACAAAGGGACAGAGUUUAUGAAUCGAAAGUUUCAAACCUUUUUGAAGAAACAUGACAUCCGGUUUUUCACGACGCAAAACGAGACCAAGGCAUCGAUUGUCGAAAGGUUUAAUCGUACGCUCAAGACGAAAAUGUGGAAAUACUUUACAGCGAAGAACACGCUCAAGUACGUGGACAUUCUCCAGAAACUGGUAAAAUCUUAUAAUCGUUCGAGACAUCGUAGUAUUGGUAUGAGGGCCGUUGAUGUAAAUGAAGACAACGAGAGCAUUGUGUGGCAAAAACUUUAUGGAGAAGAGUCAGACAAACCCGUUCGGUUUAAGUUUAACAUUGGCGAUCAAGUACGAAUCAGCAAAGCAAGGCGCACAUUUAAGAAAGGAUACUUACCUAGUUGGACCGAAGAAGUGUUUACGAUAACCAAACGUGUUCUUCGACGACCACCCGUGUACAAGAUCGCUGAUUUUGAUGACGAAGAAUUGAAAGGAACAUUUUACGAACAAGAGCUUCAAAGA